AUGUCAUCAGUUGACGACCCUCCGACUAGAGUCCUGGACCCCAGUCGUGCUAUGCUUCACAGUCUGCGAGGGGUGGGGGUGAGAACAACGGAUACUAAUCCUCUUGGAGACAAACGUCAUCCUCCGCCAUUGGGAGGUAUGUGUCGAAAAAUUGAGCCCUACUAUGGGUAGAUGUUUCCUGCCACGUGAGCCAUGGGCUUUGCCCUGAUAAAAGGAAGAUUUACUUUCUUGCGUUCUUCUUUUCUGAGCUAACUACUCUCCUUGUGCAUGUGCAACAAAAGGCAAGGAGGAAUCGCACAUCAUCGUCGAAAACCUCUCAAACCCUGUUAAGCAAGCCCAGUCGGGUCUUAAUGAGGUCAUUCUUACUAGCUGGAGUGGAUUGUUAGAGGCAACUUGCCCGAUGUCGUCUUUAUCGUCUAUCCUCGUCGUGUUGUCUAGUGAACUCCACUAAACUCCUUUCCCAGGCGUUCAUUGGAUGACCACCAGGUACUACGUUACGGUGCCGUCAAACUCUGCGAAAUUCGGUUUCUUGUGUUCCAUGUAGGUGCGAGGGAGACUAAAUUGAGUCUGUAAAUCCAAUCCAUUGGCCCGAAGGGACUACUUGGGGUUUCUGGGCUGGACCUAUCUAAGCGGUUGUGGUGGAUGGCUAAGUUAUUCGAACUAGUGGACAAUAUUUGCCACUUCGUGUGAAACUUUCUGUCAGACGAGCAAGUCAGACAGCGGGAUCAGCCAGACGCGGAAAGUUUUCGUCACACUUCAUUGAAGCCCCUGGAGUCGGUAUUAGAUGACUUCGAAGACGAAACGGCGAUCACUCGUGUGCGAUUUUGAGACAGCGCUCUUUUGCUUCGAUUAUAUCCAUCGCUUGGGAGUGUUCGCUGAAAGGCGACCUUGGCUUCCGGUUUUCUAAAUGAGUCUCUGAUCGCGUCUCCAAUGGACGACUGUUGAUCUUAAACCACACUCUAUUUACUCGCGGCUAAGCUGGUCUAGUCUCGUGCCACGCCUGUCUGGAGGCAAACGCGUGCGUCAUGUCAUAUCAUCUGAACGCGGCACCUGCCGACAAUAACGUUGAGACUUCCAGCUGAGGGCGUAGGUUGACACAGUGGAAGCUCCUACAUGCGGAGCCAUGCUGCCAACCAGUUCAACUCACCUAGUAGUCUGCCACCGACUGACCGCAAUGGAAGGUAGUCAUUUGUCAUGCCGCUAAUCUGCACCACGAAGUCCAUUGGAUUAGUAGUAAUGAGUGCCUUCAGAACAACGCAGGCACAAAGGGAGUGCACGUUUAGUGUCCAUUCUAUAGUGGGCUUGUGUCCUCCUUGUCUCGCUUAGUGUUCCUGCUGCUCGCACUUAUUGACCUUUUACUAGCGUUAACUAGGCUGGUUAGGAUAGGUUUUUCCACGACCCUUUCACUUGUGAAUUUGUCCUUUCUCUUAUUUUAGCCCCCUUCGUGGACAAUCGUCGUCCGAAUAUGGGGAAUCGGGUGUUACCUGUUGCUAACAGUUGUUGCCUUUGUUUUUGCAAAUUCUUCGCGGCCAUCGUGACUGUUAUUGGACUUGUAGCCCUUGCCGCUGGCAUUGCGCUGUUUAUCAUCUUCAGGGGCCGCGAAGCGGACUUCAGGCUAGAUGAUGACGAAGACAUCCGCAUCACACUCCCGUAAGUUAGUGCCUUAAAAAGUCUUUUUCGGUUCUGGGUGCGGACAGUCUAGUAUUAAGUCGAAACACUGAGAUCCCUGAAACGACUGCAACACCACUUUGGGUGUGCAUAAGUGGAGUCGGCCAAUUUUAUCUUCUUCAUUUUCAUUUGGACACUUUGUAGGGGAGAAUGGGUUCAGUCAGACGCGGAGCUAGAACAUACUGUAGACAGUGUAACGCGACGCGCUACAAGAUCUGGCUUGGAGGACCGUCCACUAGCUGGGUAACUAUACCCUCAUCUUCUGUGUGUGACCUUUACAACAGCUCUCUUCGGUGAGAGAUUCGAAACGCCGAUACAAGCGAAAAUGCGAGUUCCAAGAAUUAGUUGAUCAGAAGAAGAAGCGAUCGCUGGAACAAUGGCUUUAUUCGCCUGACGUUUCGGAUUCUCUCUUGAAUCCAUCAUCAGAGACAGCUGCAGAAAAGGGUGGCUAGUGUACAGGAAGUAGCAGUAUUUAUAGGAUGCGGUCGCCAUGCUACCGCAUACCUACAGCAAUUAACCCUGCUCCCUUCAUCAAGGAUUGUUGCCCGCUGGUGCGCUAAUUGCUUGAUGGCCGGCAUGCAAGUUGUUAAUUGCUGACAUCUCAUCACCCGUGUUGGAUGCUGGCGUGAUGAUUGCUCGGCCAUCUGGCUCACGUGCUUGCGCGCUCCUCGAGUGGUCAAUUGCUUUGGCCAGUCUAUGCCUCAGGACAGAAUAUGGAGUGGGGAUGUCGUUGCACUUGUUGAUAGACUGAGGUCCCGUGAACCAUGAUUCAAGCAACUCGCGGCUCACGCGAUUAUCCCCUCUCGCGAGAAUUUCGGCCUCAUCGAACUUGAAUGUGUGGCCGGGUCUCGUCGAAUGGGCCGCGACCUGAGAGUUGGCGUCAUUUAUCCGUACAGCUGCCACGUGUUCGGCGAUUCGCGUCCGGAGCAGUCUUCCAGUUUCUCCGACGUAGUUGCUUUGUCCGCAACUGCACCAGAUCCGGUAAACGACUCCAGAUGUUUCUUGCCGUGGCAGUGGGUCUUUUGGUCUCAUCACUUGACGCCUCAUGGUGGCCUCCGGUCUGUGCGCAACUCCAACCCCAAGUGGUGCAAGAAGGCGGCUAAUGGAGGCGAAAGGUCAUUGUGUUUGUUAAUUGAAUGCGGGCCGGAGAACCAUGGCUCACGGUUCACCUGCGAGGCAUGACCCGAUCUCAUGGAAUAAGCCGCGAUCUCAGAGUUUGCGUCGUUUCUCUUCUUCCAAGCCCCUGCCUGUCGUUGUCUCUGAUGAUAAGUUCGAGCAGGAAUCCGAAACGUGGGGCGAGUAAACCUCUUGUUCCAGCAAUCGUGUCUUCUUCACGCUGUUGAAAAGAGUUGUGAAUUGUUUUAAUGAAUUCAGAAGUUACUUCCAAGCAAUCCGCCUUUCGUGGUGACUGCGACAACGUGUGAAUCAGUUUCUUGUCCCUGUUGUCAUCGGUCUUAGGCCUCUUGUGUCACCAUAUCCCAGACACCAAAAUCGUAUGUCGUGGUGACGCCGUUUGUCAACGAGCUCGGCUCCCGCACUCAUACGGCUGGAGCGGUUCUCGGUUUAUUUCAACGAUUCAUUUGAUACGCCAUUUUUCCAUUAGGAAAUUGUCGUUAAUGAUGAAAAAGAUAAAAAAAUCCAAUACUUUGACAGCUCCCACAGAAGACUACUAAUAAGCUUCGAGAGUGUGUUGAUCGGUUGAACAAUGUUCACCAGAGUAAGUUUGUUUCCCCUAACUAUGCUACUUGCUGUCAGAAGCAGUACUAAAUCCUGUGGUCCGCUGCAAUUCGCGAGGCGGUUUUGUGAUAUGUACGGUUUCCCAAAAUUUUCUGAACCCCGUUUGCGAGUAUGAACGCAUCGUACAUCUUCAGAACCGAUUAACUUGCCACCUUUUCCCCAUCAGAAUUUUAUUUGUUAUCGGGAUAGGUUGCAUAGUUAAUUCAGCGGAAAAUGUUAUACUAAGGGUGACUCCACUUACUCCGCGCUUAUCGUCACUGGGCGUAGAUGCUACUGUGAUGAGAAUGUUCGAAAGCCACUUUACUACUUGUUUACACUACUCAUGCUGUUAGCUCGCGUCAUUGUUCCUACUGCCUGUGGCCUAUUGUUUUCUCCCCCCCCCCCCUACUCUCUACUGAUUUCGAAUUCAGCACCACCUAUUCCAUUCUGCCAAUCUGAUUUCAUGCCGACGAAACGUAAUAUGUGCUUUUUGCGUUCAACCACAGGAUGUUCUCCAUCGCCACACUCCUGACCGUGGUAGGCUCUGUGGUCUUUGUGAUUUCCCUCUGUAUGUGGUGCUGCGUGUGCUGUAUGACGCCAAAAUCUCAACCGGGAGUUGUGCUGAGUCAGCCGGUAAGUCCUAUUUCUGUUUUGCCUGUCUUCCUUCCAAGACCUUCCACCCCCUUCCAUUUCCCCUAAAGUUGUCUGGGCACCGACUACAGCAGCGUCCUCUGGCCUCAUGCAGGGUAAAACAACGUGGACGCCAAAAUCGCAAAACUUGGAUGAUCCUGUCUAGGGAAACUUUCCGUUUGAGCGAGAUAAUAAAAACAGGCGAAAGUUAGCUGUUGACCCGAUGGCCACUGCGAUGUCAGGCAACGAUUUAAAGGGUGUUUUUUCGGUCACAUUUAAGUAUGUCCUCAACAAUAACAUCCUAGCGACGCGUUUGUCCCAAAUAGCGUCAUGCCCCUGUGCAAGUGAAUGCUUACAGUAGAUGACGAAUCGCAUAGAAUGUUAACCAGAAUUAUAAAGGUCAUUUUAGGUCAGGAACGAUUACGUAAGCAAGGUUGCAGUACUGGUUGUCAGCAGGCAUUGUCUUGUAAGUAAACUGCGCCAUAGUCAAUAUUUCAACCCGACUUAGGUAAUCCUUUCUCGUCAAAAGUGCCGUUCGGAAUUUGGGUUAAAAUUUCAUGAGAUAGGCCAGGUACUCUAGAUGUAACACUUGAAGCUAGCACGAUUCGCUAAGAGACGUGUCUUGAAAGGUUGCCAACCAGGGGGAUAACACGAUCCUCCCUUGGAAGGAGGACCAGGGUGUAAUGGCUCCUUCCAGAUGUCGUCUUUAUGGUAACUCUCCAUGUUCAGUCAUCCGAGACUCAUUCAGGUGUAGCUAGGAACUGGGUCGUGUGUAAGGCUUGAUUGGUUUGUUUAACUUUGUCAGCCAUUGCGUCCGCUACCAUCACCUCCGGUCUUCUUGACUUCAUCUUACCAUUGGAUCAAAGUGAAGGUGGGAACAGAGUGCGGCCGAUGUUGCACACGUCUGUUUAGCUUGAAACAUGUACACACGCACACCACCACUGUGAACUGAUCGGGGGCAGGAUUGACUCUCGUCUCUGAGUUGUCCUACUCCUGCUCUUAAAUGUGGUUGGCAGUCGGUGAACUUGUUGAUCGCCGUGGAUGCUAGAGUCAGGGUAGAGCACUCUUUGUGUCCAGCCUUUGCGGUUGCUACCGGGGGCGCUGUAUGCAUCCCACCCGACAGCUCGAUCGUAGCUACCGACGAUGUUCAACUACUGUCCCGCACUGUAGGGUGAGCGCAGGGACGGUGGGUUGCGCUUGGAAUAGUUUAUAGUGACAGUAGACUUGCCCUGCAUCUACCACACUCACUCCUCCCCCACACCCCUGGGCCGUGUACCAAGACGGAGUCAAGAAGACCGGAGGCAAGACCAGAGGCAGGCGACUGGCGCGGCGUGAACAUGCGCCCAGGCGUGCCGCCACACCCUCCCAUGUAGGGCAUUCUACUCUACCCCGUGGUGACCCAGUUCGACCUCCGGCUCCGACGAUAUCCACCGUAUGCUCCACAGCAGGGUGAAAACAGGGGUGGUAGCUUGUGCGACAAUGAGUUUAUGGUGACAGCAGACUUGCACAGCUUCUGCCGCACUCCCCCCGACUCCCGCUCUACCCAAUGUCGGGCCCGCAGACGCCCGCCGGGUUGGCAAGGUGGCGAAUUCGACUCCUUCAUUGCAGCCGUUCCGGCUGAGGUGGCGUGACCUCAAUGACUGGAGUGUUGUGACCAGUGGUGACGAAUCGGCUAGAGAGAGAGGGGGGUAAUAUCGGUUAUGUGGAUAUGGGCAUGGGAUGCCCGACUGGGAUGAUCAGGACUCGAACUGUGUGCUGAUAAGUCGGACAGGUGUGGAAUAAUUAUCAACGUUACUUGUGUGUUUCUUGGCGAAGCGUCCACUUUGCUGUCUUAACUGCGCCGGAUAGUAGGACGUUCCACUAGUUCACCGCUGACUCUGUAAGUAACUGGACGCUGAGCGCACGUUGAAUGACUUUCCGCAUGGUCAAGCGCACAACCAUUCUACAACUCAUGCUUUCUGCAAUCGAGCGUAGGUUGCAAACACACACACCUACACACACCUCAGCAAAAUAGGUCAGAGGAGGGCAUUUAUCUUGCGAGUCCCUGGACUGCCACUUCUUACGAGCCAGCCCUAGAUGUCUCCUGCGGAGAACACACAACUCUCCCCACCAACAACCACCUUCUUUAACCCAACACACCCCCUGUUCGCCCCCUUGUUUUAUACAGAUAUUCUUUUAUCUGCGUAUUCUACACCUACAGACGUCUGGACAAACCUUCGUGACGGUUCAGCAGCCGGAUGCUUCGGGGAUGAUCUAUACCCCUGCGGUCAUGCAGCCGCCCUCUGCACCGCCCCUACCGAUGCCGACCCCCCAACCACCCCAGUACACUGCGCCACCACCGCCGCCGCCCUACACAGAGAAGGCCAUGUGA